AUGGAUUUGGAUAAGUUUUGGAUUGAUUUACCUCGAAAUACACAACAAUACAUGGAUGGAUUGAAUAAAUUUCUGGACUUUGCAUUUGCUAAUAAGAGCGUUGAGGGUAAGAUAAUUUGUCCAUGUCCGAAAUGCAAUCUUAACAAAUGGCAAACUCGAGGAGCAACAUAUGAACACUUAAUUCUUCAUCCUUUUCCAAAAGGGUAUACAUUUUGGCUUCUACAUGGUGAGACAAAUUAUGUACAACAUACAAUUUCAACACCUCCAAUUUUCCAAUCGAAUGAGGAUAGAGGUUUUGCUAAUGAUCCCAUAUGUGGCAUGGUUAAUGAUGCAUUCGGGAAUUUUGUAAACACUCAAAAUGUGGACAAUCAUGAGAAUAUGCGACCUAAAUCAAGCCACAUGAUGCCUGAUGAAAUUGCUCAAAUGACUGACAAGGCAAUAUCAAUGAUACUGGAGUUGUUAGCAGAUGCUUUUGAUUAUGCUAAAAUCCCAUCUUCAUUCUAUAAAGCUAAGAAAAUCAUUAAUAAGCUUGGCCUUCAUUACACCAAAAUUGAUGCUUGUCCAAAUGAUUGCAUGUUAUACUAUGGAGAAGAUAAAGAUAGGGAAUUUUGUAUGAAAUGCAAUGAAUCUAGAUGGAAGAAAACAAAGAAGAGCAAUAGUAUUGUUGGUGUUACUAAAAGACAAAAGAAAGUUCCAGCUAAAGUUUUAAGGUAUUUUCCAUUGAAGCCACGCUUACAACGAAUGUUUAUGUCUUCUAAAAUAGCUCAGCAUAUGCAAUGGCAUGCAUCAAGAAGUACACAUGAAGGCAUAUUAAGGCAUCCAAGUGAUUCUAAAGCAUGGAAGAACUUUGAUCUAAUGAAUCCUCAAUUUGUUUCAGACCCUCGAAAUGUCAGACUUGGUUUGGCUACUGAUGGGUUCAAUCCAUUUGGUGAUUUGAGUACAUGUCAUAGUACUUGGCCUACUGUACUUAUACCUUACAAUCUUCCUCCUUGGAUGUGUAUGAAGCAAAGUUCAUUCAUUCUUUCCAUGAUCAUUCCUGGUAAAAGAGCACCAGGAAAUGAUAUAGAUGUAUAUUUAAGGCCAUUAAUAGAAGAAUUAAAAGAGCUAUGGAACACUAGGGUUGAAACUUUUGAUUCACAUAAGAAAGAAGUGUUUCAUAUGCAUGCAGCUAUAUUAUGGACUAUUAGUGAUUUUCCUGGUCUUGGAACCUUAUCUAGGUGGAACACACAUACUGGGUUGGCUUGCCCUAGGUGUAAUUUUGACACAACUCCUAAGAAGAUUCAGGGGCACAAAUUUAGAUUAUGCCGCAAUCGUUUUGAUGGAAGUGUGGAAACUAGAAAUCGUCCUUUGAGAAUAUCAGGAACAAAUGUCUUACAACAAGUUCAGAAUCUUAAUAUUGUAUUUGGGAAAGAACCAGAAGUAGAGGAACGGAUAUCUUCCGGCUAUAUAUACAUUGCCAAAGAAAAUAAACAUAUAUUUCUGAAAACAUUGAAGAACAUCACUAUUCCAGAUGGCUACUCAAGUAACAUUAGUAAAUGUGUUGAUGUCAAACAAUCUAAGCUUGGAGGAUUGAAAAGUCAUGAUUCUCAUGUUUUGAUGGAGCAACUUUUACCUUUGACAAUGAGGAAGACGCUCCCUAAAGAAGUGUGCUCUGUUUUGAUUGAUCUAUAUUCCUUUUUUAAGCACUUGUGCAAUAAAGUUUUAAAAGUGGAUGAACUUAACCAAUUGCAAAAUAGAAGUGUUCUUACAUUAUGUCACAUGGAGAUGUUGUUUCCUCCUGCAUUUUUUACAGUCAUGGUUCAUUUGAUUGUGCAUUUGGUGGAAGAUGCCAAGAUUGGAGGACCUGUCCAAUAUAGGUGGAUGUAUCCCAUUGAGAGAUAUUUGGGAAAAUUGAAGUCUUAUGUGCGUAACAAGGCUCAACCUAAAGGCUCAAUAGCUGAAGGCUACCUAGCUGAAGAGUCCUUAACCUAUUGUUCUAGAUAUUUAGAUGAAAUUAAGACUAUAUUUAAUCAAAUAAGGCGUAUUGAUGACGAACCUGACACCAUGGCAUCUAGUGUAAGUGGUUUGUUUCCACCAGUUGGAAAACCAGUUGGGGGUUUUACUUACUUCUCUUUAUCAACAAAGGAAAAGUUACAAGCACAUCGUCAUAUAAAGAAUGACUUAAAUGGACCUUACUCAGAUGAUUUAAGGCUCUUAGCUAUGGGUCCAAUUGAUUGUGCAAAGCGCUACAAUGCUUACAAUGUUAAUGGCUUCAAGUUUCGUACGUUAGAGAGAGAUGAUGGACUUAAAACACAAAAUAGUGGAAUAUUUGGUACUUUUGGGACAAGGAGCUAUGCAAGUAGCAUUGACAAUCAAAUGCAAUUUGGGGGUGUGCCUUAUUAUGGAAAAUUGGCUGCAGAAGCUCAAAUGGUUUAUUAUGUAGUGGAUGAAUUAGAUAAAAAUUGGAGCAUUCCUGUGCAUCUAAAGCCACGAGACUUAUAUGACAUUGGUGGAGAUAAUGAUGUCACUUUCCAUGAAUAUGAACCAUUUGAACAACAAAAUUUGGAAACUUUAUUUCCAGAUGGAGAAGGGAAUAUACAAUUAACAAGGUCAUACUGA